AUGCCCAAAGACGUCACCUUUCAAAACAGAGGUGUGCAAAUCGCCGCCCAUCUCUAUCUUCCGAAUACCUUCCAGGAAGAUCGGAAAUACCCUGCACUCGUGGGGAUUCAUCCCGCGGGGGGCGUCAAAGAGCAAACCAUCGGUCUUUAUGCACAGCAGCUCGCCGCGCAUGAUUUUGUGGUCCUCGUUUAUGACUCUUCCUACCAAGGCGCUAGCGGGGGAGAGCCACGUCUCCUAGAGGACCCGACGACGAGGGUGGAGGACGCUCGUUGCGCGGCUGGUUUUCUCACCACCCAGUCCUUCGUCGAUACUGAGCGCAUGGGCGUCUUCGGUGUCUGUGCCGGUGGCGGGUAUGCGCUUGCUGUCGCCCAGACCGAACGCCGGUUCAAGGCCGUCGCCGGCGUCAGCGCGACACCAAUGGGCGAGGCGGCCAGAAGGUUCUUUGGAAACCCAAUCCCUCCUGCCGAGCAGAUCAAGUCCCUCGAAGCAGCUGCGGCGGCAAGAACGGCGACAGCCAAUGGGGCCGACCCUGUCUAUAUUCCUUUCGUUCCCGAGAGGCCAGAAGAUAUCAACGAUAGCACGCCCACUAUGCUCAGAGAUGGGUAUGACUAUUACAGGACGCCGCGGGGCCAGCACCCCAAUUCCAAGGGGCGCUUCCUAAUGACCAGUAUGGAUAAAAUGCUGGCCUUUUCGACCUUUCAACUGCUUCCGACCCUUUUUACACAACCCCUUCUUCUUAUUGCUGGCAAUGAGGCAGACACAAAGAUCUACAGUGAUGAAGCUUAUGCUCUCUGUGAGGGGCCGAAGGAAUUGUUUGUUGUGAAAGACGCAACACAUAUCGCUCUCUACGACAAACCAGAAUAUCUUCCUUCCGCUUCACAACAGUACAAUUCGAAUAAAGAAACAAUGGCGUCUACACGGCUUCGAGUCGAAACCCGCAUUAACCAUGGCAUUGCUCAAGACAUGGUAUUGUCUUUGAUUGUGGGUAGUCAGGCAGCUGCUCUCGUCGAUGUGCCUCCUCAAGCAAAAGAGCUUGUCCCAUGGAUCCGCUCCAACACCAAUGUGCCAUUGGUGGCAAUAUUUGCCACACAUUUCCAUCCCGAUCAUUAUUUCGCUGCUCACUUCAUCUUGGAGAGCUUUCCUAACGCCAACUUAUAUGCUACCGAGAAGACAGUGGCUUUGAUCAAUGACAUCAUCGAGGGCAAAACUGCAUUCUGGAAGUCGGCACUAGGCGACGAAAACAUUGCCAGCUCGCCAAAAAUCCCUAAGCCUUUUCCGUCAACCUUCCUUUCGCUUCCGGGGGACGACAUCGUCCAUCUUCUUGGGCCUGUCAACGGAGACAGCCCUGAGCAGACUAUGUUCUGGAUCCCUCCAUCAAAACAUUGA